AUGUCUUCUCUUGCUCUUGCAUUCUUCAUAUACUCGAUUGUUCUGUAUUACUGUAUUGUAGUGAUUAAACUGAAUUCAUCCUUUACUUGGUUCUUCCGAGUUCGGUUCGCAAUGAAUGAUCCUACGAACGAACGUGUUAACGAAUCAGAGCCGUCAACAGCAGCAAAUGCUCCAGUUAUGCUCACUAGCAAUCAGGGAGCGAUAUCGUCCGACGUCGCUACUCCAAUGGAAAUUGUAGAGCAACCCACUAUCGUGAUUCCUCAAGAAAAAGAUGACCAUAUGAAAGAGAGAAGUGCAGAGCCGCAAAUUUCUCCCGCUACUGAUUCAUUUCGAGCACGAGCAGCGUCCGAAGCUGCUUCUUCCGUUAGCGACCAGGAUGAUGGAUCGGAAAAACGAAGACGUAGGUCUACUCGUGACAUCAAGAGACCAAAAUUCGACGAUGAGUUGGUCGAUAGUGGAGUUGCGAAAUUGUUAUCUCCAAGAAAACGAACUAGCGCGGAACGAUCAAUGCACUCUCCCUCAGUGAAUUCUUCUGAUAAUAUCACCUCAAAAUCACAUUUCUCAUCGAACGAAACACCUUCUAACGGUACAAAUGAAGAAAAGAAUGUGUUCGUGCAACCUCAGCCGGUGGGCAAAGGGGAGGACAGUUCGAAGGUGGAUCCUUCAUGUUCGGCAACAGCAUCGCAGAAACACGCUCACUCAUUGCGAAGAAGGCCAACACAUAAUUUAGAAGAUCGUCAAACGGUCGAAGAAGAAGAAGAAUCUGCAAGACUUGAAAAGAAGCGUCGAGAAACGAGAAUUGCGAAUAAGGACCUUAGAUGCAAAGAGCUAGUAGCUGCUACCGAGGCAGCGGAUGGCAUGACUUCAGCCGAGUUGCGGCGAUGGACUGCAGCGGAUGACGUCGCGUUGGUUACGGCUGUGACACAUGUGCAUGAUUUACGAGCUGCAUACGGUAGCAUCAAAUUCAGUCGACCAUAUUCUAUGGAAGACAUAGAAGAGAGGUGGUAUCAAUUAAUGUACGAUGACACACUGUCCAGACAAGCGAAAAAACGUAUGAACGAAUUGCCUGUAGAAGAAAUUUUGAGGAUCCAAUCUCGAACUGCAUUUACUGUUAGAGAAGAAGAACUUCUUAGAAGUUUGGACAUAGGGAAUAACUCUUGUCCUGACCGAGCGAUGAUGGAAGAAUUGAUAAAGAAAUAUCCGGAAGAUUUCCAUUCUGCUCGGACUCCACAAUCUCUAUUGGACCAUUGGCACAUUUUGAACUCGUAUGGUGUACUGACGCCAGGACCACAAUCAGGAAUAAUCGAUUGGGAACUGUUGGAGCGCACCUACGACCUCACUGGACGUGUCAAUUUUGACGAAACUAGAGCGCUGAACGCUGCCGCAGCGUACGACGUACGCGAACAGGAGUUCGCCCGCGUUGUCGUACAACCGGUCACAGGGAUCUGUAGUCCAGCAACUGACGUCCGUGCUACUCUUCGUGGUCGCGUUGUUCGUUACCUUGUAAGAACAGAUCGUGUUGUACUUGGACGAAGUACCCCACGUGAUCCAGUCGACCUGGACCUCGCACUUGAAGGUCCUGCCGAGAAAGUCUCUCGAAAACAGGCUGUGAUCGCACGAGAUCCUGCCUCCGGACAGUUCGAAAUGACGAACGUUGGAGCGCGGACGAUUUUUGUAGAUGGAAAGGCGCUCGGAACGAACAAUCGUACCCGACUCGUCGACAACUCGAUCGUCCAAAUCGCCAUCAUUCGCCUCGUGUUCCGAAUUGGCCAAUAA